GAUCCUCUGUGUAGCCGAUGGAUACUUCCUGUUGUCCAGGGUUACUGUCAAAUUGUUCACUGUGUAAAUACAUUUGAAGAAGAAGAACCGGAUGACUUGAUAGAGAAAAAUAGAGGCAUAUUACCAGAAGAAGAAUUUGAACUUAUUUUGAUUUCGAGAAGAUGUAUUCACAGAGCUGGAACUCGGUACAAAAGACGAGGAGUGGAUGAAGAUGGUGAAGUUGCAAACUUUGUAGAAACAGAACAGAUUAUCAGAACUGAAAUUCACUCUGUGUCAUUCUUACAAGUUCGCGGAUCUGUACCAAUUUACUGGAGUCAACCAGGAUUCAAAUAUAGACCCCCACCACGACUUGACAGAGGUGAAGAAGACACACUCUUGGCUUUCAUGAGUCAUUUUGCACAUCAGUUGAAGUAUUAUGGUGGUGUGGUUAUUAUUAAUUUGUUAGAUCAAACAGGCCGUGAAAAGAUUAUCGGCGAUGCCUUCAUGGACAACAUUUUGACAUUCAACAAUCCACUCUUGACAUACGUCACCUAUGAUUUCCACGAAUACUGUCGUGGAAUGAAAUUUGAAAACGUUGCUGUCCUGGUUGACAGUAUUAUAGACAUCAUCAAAGAUAUGCGAUACUGCUGGACGGAUUCAAAGGGAAUCAUAUGCGAACAGCGUAGUGUAUUUCGUGUCAAUUGUAUGGACUGUCUGGACAGAACCAAUGUUGUACAAGCGGCUUUGGCCAGGCACGUCAUGGAAGUCCAGCUUCGCAAAUUGGGAAAGUUACUUCCGGAUCAGAAUCUCCCAUCAGACAUUCGCACAUCUUUUCAAGAGAUGUGGGCCAACAAUGGUGAUGCAAUCAGUCGACAAUAUGCUGGGACAGCAGCGAUGAAGGGCGACUUUACACGCACUGGUGAACGAAGGUUUGCAGGUGUUAUGAAAGAUGGAUAUAACUCAGCAAACAGGUACUACCUGAACAGAUUUAAAGCUGUGUAUAGACAAACGGUCAUAGAUGCUAUGCUAGGGAAUCCAUUAACCGAAGAUCUUACUCAAGCAAUGGCUGCGUUAAAGAAUGGUGACGAGGAGUACCCCUGGACGAUGGAGCGGGAGGAGUGCGUUGCACAAUUGGUUAUGCAUUGCCAAAACCUACUGCUGUCAGAGACAGAGGAAUGUCUAGGAGGCUGGGCACUAGUUGAUCCAUUUUAUAACACUGAAGGAGAACUUGGCCAAGAUCAAGAUGUCAUCUUACUGCUCACUUACGAUGCAUAUUAUGUAGCAAGUUACGACGACGAUGCAGAACAAAUAACUCAGUAUGAGCGAAUUGCACUCGAAGAUGUUGAUAAGAUAGAAAUCGGUUUUGAAGCGUCAUUUAAAUCACGGUAUUUGUUCAUCCGCAUUCACUACAAAUACAAUGGAACAAGUGGAUAUUUCCAUACCCUUCGAACCAUACAACAUCGUACACCAGAAGAGGCUAAAGGUGUUCUACUUGGAAUUGCCGAUGCCUUUGCUACAGCACGGUCGCAUAAAUCACUUGGCAUCAAGAUCUCUGAAUGCAACAGACUAGACAAGAAAAGAAGUAAGGCACCACCUGAAGUUGUCCAAAUAUCGUCCAAAUCUCGGCUAAGUAGCUGGUCCAAACCCAACAAAAGAAAGAGCAAACUAAGCCCAGGUGAUUACGAAGAAGAUCCGAACACAUCACCCACUAAAAAGUCACCAAGAACGUUUCGCUCGUUCAUUAGAGAUCACCUCACGGGCAUGCCCAGACCCUACUCAGACCCAUGCCUUGCGCGUCAAGAUGAGGCCGAGGAAUAUAAACCGGAGCGUAAGAGGUCUGGACACAGCGCUCCAGUAAGCAGUGGGAGUAGUUCGUCCAGUAAUAGUGAUGGUGAGGAGGGGUUUGAAUCGGAAGGACGUUUAAAAAUGAAUUUGGAUCAAGAUAAACCUAUUAAGAGUGCUACUAAAUUAGAGUGUCAAAGUGAUGGUGUUCUGAUUGGGAUGUCUGAGGAUAAUGAAGCAAAUUCUAAAAAAACUGAACUAUUAAAUGGAAAUGCCAAUGAUAAGACCACAAAUACCAGUAAUAAUGGUACUGUGGAGGAAUUCAGUGGAGACAAAAACACUGGAAGUUGUAGCCCUUUGACUUUAUCCAAUAAUAUAGACAAACACAGCGAAGAUCAGAAUGUGGGAGAUGUUACUGGUAGAUCUAAUCAACUUAUUGAGCUGGACUCUGAACUCGAUAUAGAGACCCCUCAAGAACCCGCUGUACCGAUAACGGAGCAAAGCAGUGAGGAUCAAAACAGGACAAAUGUCAAUGAAAGUACUUGUAAAAAUGAUCAAGUGGGACAACUCAUUGAGCUGGACUCGGAGCUUAACUCAGAAGCUCCUAAAGAAACCGAUCUACCCAUUGUAAAUAUUACUGAGCAAAGCAAUGAAUUAGAGAGACUACAGACUAUUGAGAAUCCUGUGGAAGACACAAACGUAGAGACUCAAAAUGACGAUAAUAAUGAUGAAGCUGAUGAGGCUGGAACUCAACCAGAAGCAGUGAUAGAUUUGGAUGAAAUAUCAAAAAUUAGGGAAUCAUACAAUGAAAGUAAAAGAAAGCUGCGAGAUGAGAAUGCUGAUUUGACAAAUAUCGACGAAGACGAUUGUUCUUCGCAAGAAACGUUGAAAUCCGAUGUUGGUUCUAGUCCGAUGGUUAGGCUUGGGUUAGGAGGGAGCCUGCGAUCAAUGGCGGUUAGUUUUAAAAGCUCGUCCAGUAUCGAGAAAGGUAACCAAGGCAGUAUCGGAGAAGAAGAUACUGAACAAGAAGUCAAUAAAAGAAAUUCCACUGGCUUUCUUGGCAACCGCUCACCCAGUACUAGCAGGUCUGGAAAAGGGAAUAUUUUUGCGUCUGCGCAGGCGCGGAGUAAGAACUUUAUUCCUGACUUGCGCAAUAAGUUGUCGAACAUUUCUUUCCAACGUACCAAGUCCCCCCGUUUGGCACACAAGCAGCACGCCGUCGCUAGUGAUGAUUCUACGGUGGAGGAACACAAGAAACACAAACGUAAAUAUAAGUGCCUUACUAAAAUCAUAGAAGUUUAGAGACUAUUAUCAUUAAUUAGAAUAGGUUUCGUUGGGUUUCCUAUGGGAUUUCUCGAUUGGGAGGGACUCGACUUCUUAGCCUCCUGUGCAGGUGGUCUUGUUGUCGCGUUGGGAGAAUUUGUGAAUUCGGCAGCAAGACCGUCUGUGUAAAGGCUACCUUAAAAUUUCCACUUGAACAAACAGGACAUGUAUGCAAAAACUGGUAAAACUACAAUAUUCGCACUAUUUUGUACACUUUCCGGUCUGCAAUUUGACGUACAGCCUAUUUCGAAAGGAUUGCCCAGUUGAACAAGAAAUGUAAACAGCAAUAAAGUGAUUUUUUUUUAACUUCUGACAAGGAAUUCCUACAACUAUUUGGUCAGUCAUCUUUGAAAGGAAAUGAAACCUUUUUUUAAAAAAAAAGGUGCUCUAAGUAUUUCCAUUUCAGAGCUGCAAUUAAAUGAUUGUACUUCUUCCUUCAUUAUUUUGUUAAAAUGUUGUCUUGAAGUACACGUGCUAUAUUUUCCGGGUUACAAACCUGAUUGCAAAUGAAGUGACGUCAUUCAGCCUGACGUUCUUCAUAGUGUUAUCAAAAUGUGACUUCUUAGUGAAACAAUCAUUAACCGUUAUCAAGCUUUUACAAGUAGAAACAUUUUGAAUGUAAAAAAAUAGAAUAAAGAAUAAGCAGUAAUGAUUUUGUAUAUGUUGACGUCACUUCAAAUGCAUUUCCAGUUUUCAGAUGCUUUACAACUUUGAAAAUAGUUGAAAACAUUGAAAUGUUCAGUAUUUCAAGUCGUACGAUUUUGCAAUAAGGUGAUAAGGACGUUAAGUGGGCAACCUUUCUAAACGGGCUGUAUCAAAACCACGAGAAUUGAUCGGAACCGGUGACCAAAUGUCUGCUUACAGCGACUUUGUUCGUGAAGAAAAUUCCGGUUUUAAUGCAAUCACGCUACAUUGUAGAUAAUAGCACUAAUGUCGCUAAAAUCUUUGCUCGGAGCAAGCGUCGUAGGGAUAAGCUCAAUAAUCCAUCUAAUUACCGAGACUUUCUAAUUGCGCCAUUUUACUGUCGUAAAUUGAUCAAAGCUUCGAUCACGGUUUUAAGUUGCGGCGCGUUUGAUGCCAUGUGAAACGUGAUUUUGAUUGUUUGUUCGAUUUACUAGUGAAUUUUGACAAGGUACUUUUAACUCGUGUGUUAUGAGUAUGUUAUAUAAUUGACACGUCGCCUGUUGAUUUCCAAAGGAAAUGCAUGUCUUUCAUAUUGCCAACAAAAUUGUUCCUGUUAUCAAAAGAUAUUGUUGUUUUUUAAACAAAACGUGCCGUUAUAUUUGACGUUACCAGUACAAAAACACUCCUUAACAAUACUUGUCUUGCAGGGAGGGGUUUUCAUGUAUGAAAGUAAAUAGCUCUCGACAUAAUAAUAAUAGUACAUGUAGAUGAACAACGUUUUCGCAUGUCGUCACGAAGUUUAUGUCUUAAACCUCCAUGUGUGGCGAAAUUUUUAUUUUGUGAACUGCAAAAUGAUUUUAUUGUAAAAAAAAAUAUUCAAAUUUAAUGACGAAUCAAAACGAAGAUCUCGAUGUAAAAAUUUUAUUUAAAGUUCUUUGAAUUCUACAUUUAUUUGAGGGUUGGGCCAAACAGUAUUAUUGUAAAGAUGUUACAAAGGAUGUUGUAGUUCUCGUAGGCGUUAGGACUUAUAUUUUGGAGGAAUUAUGUAAGGAAUUUACAGGUAUUAUUUGUAUUUUAGCCUAUUUAAUAUUGUUACAUUUAUUUUUGAUUUAGGACAUUUUCGUGUUUGUUUCUUUAUGUGGUUAUCAGGGAAUUCCCUCAGUUUCCAUAAAACGUUUUGCAGAAUGUUGUUUUUUUAAGAAUACAUAGAAGAGGCUAACAGUACCUAAUAAAAUCGUUACGACACUUACCCACGACUUAAUCACUAGUCAAAUGGUAGCAAGUAAUACCUCAAUUAAAGCGAAGAAUAACAGCCCAAAAUUAAAGGCGUACCAUAACUGCUAUUUCAUGGAUUAGGUAUAACGGCUCUUAAGAUACUUGUGUUCGUCUUUUCCUUCCUCUUCUUCAGUUGUUCCUGCUUCCUCUGUACUAUAGUGUCUUUUGCACUCACGCAGAUUCGCACAAUAAUAAUAAAAUGGGUGUUUUCUGUA